AUGACGAAGAAGAUGAUGCUGAAUGAUGAGGAUUUCUCUCUCAAAAGCUUCUCUGCUGCAAUGGCAAUCAAGAUGAAGGGGAUCUUUAAAGGAAUCAGAUACAUCUUCGGCUCUGUUCAGAAGGAGCAUGAGAUGGAAAUAGGACAUCCAACAGAUGUGAAGCACAUUGCUCAUGUCGGAUUCGACAAUGCUCCUAAUGCUCAAGGAGCCUCGCCGUCUUGGAUGAAUAGCUACAAGACUUCGCGAGAUUUCUCCUCCGGCUCGCUCAGUAACUUCGAUUUCACAGAGAACUCUUGGGCUUCUUUAGAUUUUGAACAAAGGGAGCUUCAAUCUGCAGCAGAUCUUGAGAUUUUGACAGAGCAUCCAUGUCCAGACUUACCAAGAGCUCCUAAAAGUUCCAAAGGAAAAAAGAAGGCGAAGUCCUCUUCCUCAACAAGAUCUUCUGCAGCAUCAACCGAUUCAUACUCCACUGCGAUGGAGGAUGUUGGUGACCAAUUCAGGGGCCCAUUCAGAAUUUAUGUAAAUUAG